UUGGAAUGAGCCCUAUUGUACAGAGAACAGCCAACGGUUCAAGCUUAAUUUAAGUAAGUGAACUUUUCCUAAACGAUACCUAUUCAUCACUCGAAGCUUCUUCUUGGAAGAAUACAGAUCAGAGAUGGAAAUCGUAUCCCAUGUCAUGAUACUAUUAACUCUGAUAGUUCUACUUGACUCAUAUCCCACAUCACCGUUCAAAAAUGGCAAGUUCCUGCCAAUUGGCCCGGGAACGGACGAAGGGCUUUACAAUGUGAAUUUCGUGGAAGGAGACAUCUAUACCAGAGAAACUGAACAGGUUGAUCGUUCUGCCGAAACGAGUACCUUACCCAUAGAAGAAAUUGAUGAAAAUAACAUUGAUGGUUUGAAAAAUGCAGUGAGUGACAAAAACUUGCUAUGGACAGAUGGUGUCAUCAUUUACAAGAUUGAUGAUGACAUAGGUUGCCCGGAGUCACCACAGUGCGAGAUUCUCAUGAAAGCAAUGGAUCACUACCAUUUGAAAUCUUGUAUACGUUUCAAAGAAUGGUCAGGUGAACCUAAUUAUGUGCAGAUAUUUUUCAACACAAACAAUAGUGGUGCAUGCUGGUCCUCUGUUGGACGUCUUGGAGAGGGAGAACAACUUUUGUCACUUGGACAAAGAUGCUGGUAUUUUGGAAUUGUUGUUCAUGAACUUGGACAUGCCAUAGGCUUCUGGCAUGAAAUGAACAGACCUGACAGAGAUGACUGGAUCGUUAUUUAUUGGAAGAACAUUAUCAAGGGAUUCGAUUCAGCAUUCGUGAAGCAUGAUUCAAAUAGUGUAACCAUGAUGGAUGAACAAUUCGACUACCACUCAAUUAUGAUGUAUGAUGAAUACGCAUUCUCGAAAGAUGGCAGAACACCAACACUUCAAGCGAGAACUGGUGAAGAAAUUGGUCCAAUCUGGAGGAAAAAAGGACUCAGUCCGAGCGAUGUGAGAAGAUUGCAUAAGCUGUACCAGUGUAAAGGUAAUGCCCAGCAUCCAGAGUUUCCCUAUGAUAUAGCGUGUCCGUUCAAUAACAACAGUUGUGGAUUUAAAAAUGGAGGCUCAGCCGUGUGGAAUUGGAGAACUGUUAAUGAGACUGAUGGAUAUAUGUACUCCUCUUGGGAAAUAGCUGGCAGUACUCCAGGAUAUUUGACGUCCAUAAAUUUCCAUCCACUCAGUACCUUGGACAAAAUUCGCGGGCCUUUGGGCUGCGCUAGAUUUUGGUACUUAUUACAUGGAGAUGGUCUUUCAUUCAUCAAAUUGUCGCAGAUUUUUCUAGAACAUGUGACUCAGACAAGUUUUGAUGUGGAAGAUUUGAAAGACAUUUGGUUCAAUGAUACAGUUGAUAGUGAAUGGGUUCACAUUGAUGUACCCCUCUAUGUAACAAGGCCAUUCAAGUUGGUUAUUCAGUCACAAUUUGAUGAAGAGGCAUCAUACGGUACUAUUGCUUUGGAUGACUUUGAACUAUUGUACAUGGAAUGCAGUCAAAUAGCAGUUGUUGGAACAGAUCUUAUGAAACCAAACAAACCCAAUCAAACCGAUACAGAUACUGAUUUCGAUCCAGAUCUGGAUGUAGAUCUCGAAGAAAUUGUGAAGCCAUCUCAUCAUUCCAGUGAAGAUGUUACAAAGCCAACUAGUAAACCAACAGAGCAUUCUAGCGAAGAUGGAACUAAGCCCACCUCCAUUAAACCAGCCGAACAUUCUAGUGAACAGGUUACUAUAAAACCAUCUGAUAAGCCUAUAGAACAUUCAAGUGAGGAUGUGGGAAAGCCUGUCCUCAGCAAACCUCCUAUCUCGAGUGAAGAGGCUGUGACUAAGCCUACUCACAGUCAUACAGAAACUCCCUUCAACAAUAUCUCUGGGACAGAAGGUGAAACGAAUUAUGUGUCUAAUGAAACAUCAUCUUCAACUUACAGUUCAAGCCAAAUUCCGGACAUUGAAACUACAGAAGGACCAACAAUUGAUAACAAAAUAGAUAACAAUAGUCCUUCAACUGAUGAAGCAACUGUUGUUGCGUCACUAACAAGUGCAGAAAAUGAUACGUCAGCUUCUGGUAUUCCAAUCAAAGAUUCGGACACAAAAAUCGUUGAAAUAAAGAAACCUUUAACUCAGAGCAGCUCAACAGAAACCGAGCACAGUAGUUAGCUGCCACGCAAAUUAUUAACAAUGCACGAUCAUGAAUAUAUUUUUUUCAUUGUUAGUGGUGUGAAACAAAUUCAUUGAUCUCCUAAGUAAAAUACUUUGAGAGAAACAAGUACUGGUAGAUAAAUCCACUUUUGACGUGAUCUAUCAAAUUAGGUGCAGAUGAUUUUUUCCUAAAAGAUGGUUAACAUCAGUUUUUGAAACGUCUUUGUUAUUCCAUUUUUGGUGAUUCAGUAAAUGAACAUUAUUUGUGUCCAUCCAAAUAAAUUUACCAAGCGUUUGUUGAAUACUCCACAGGAAAAAUUCCUUCCUUUAUUUAUAAUUACCUACGUAUAAUAAUUUUACUCAAUUAUACAUAAUAGGUACCUAUAUUGAGUUACAUAAUAGGUACCUAUAAUGUACAAAUUGAGUUGUGGACACAUUGGCACUGUUAAAUAUUAGUUCAACAUGUGUGAUUGUAUUUAUAGAGUUUGUGAUUAAUUAUAAUAUAUGAGUAUACUUAUUCAACAAUUAUUGUUCGUUGAAAUUGAGGAAGUCAUACGUUUUGUUUUGCCGUUUCAAUUCUUUUGUAUUGUCAGUGUUGAUUUUUAUAAUCAGUAGGUACAAAUUAAAUUCCAUUUUUUAUAUGAGUAUGACCCAAAACUUAAGAUUAACCUCUGAAUUUUUAUUGAACACUUCUUUUAAAAAAAUCUUUUUCAUAUUCUCCAGUGUUCAAAAACAAAGACACAUUAAAAUAUGAAGGGAAAUAAAAACAAUAUUACAACGGUAUUUCUCCAAAUAACUUAUCCAUUUUAUCAUCUUGGAGAUUAUUUUUAUUAUUCCAAAAAACGAAUAAUAUAUAAUUAAGAUGAUGAUUAAUGAAUAAUUUAUCUUGUACCUAUUCAUGUGUAUUGAAAAAAUAAGGGAUGAUUUGGCAUAUCCUGUAAAGGAAAUUAGAAUUAUAAAGCAUUUCUAAAUUAUUAGCAUAUUCUAAAAAGGAAAUUCUUUGUGAUUAGUUAAUUCUUGAGAGCUAAUAUACAGUACUUAUUCCA